AUGCUGAUCACCUCCGAUGAUGCGCUUGAGUCGGCAAUGAAACGAUCUGAAGAAACUCGUGACUUGCUUGCAAACGCACUGAAAGCUUAUUUGGAGUCAUGCAUUUCUCUGGAGACCAACAUAUACUUCGAACAUGGUCAUAAAGCUCCUACACAUAUAAUUUCUCGUAUCGAUUCAGCUCUCGAUUCGCUAAGAGUUACCGCAACUGAGCAGCUCACUCGAUGUAAAGCGACCGUUUCACGAAUACGAAACAAGCUCGUCUCGUCAGUUCGGUAUUUACCGCAGGAAGUGUUAUCUGAUAUAUUCUUCCACGUCGUAUAUUCCCCGGAAAAUAACAGCGUCUCCAUGAAUCAAGGGGUAAAGGCCAUGUACUCCGAACUAUGCAACUUGAUGCUCGUUUGUUCGACCUGGAGGAAACUUGCCUUGGAUCAUAGCGUACUAUGGGAAACCAUACCUGCAUGUGACAAGACUCUUGAUUUUGAGGCUAUUAAUACUAGUCUUCAGAGGACCGGGAGUCGGGGGGUUCGCCUUGCCGUUGUCGCGCCGUGGGGCGGUGCAUUAUCGCGCUUUAUGAACAUCAUAGUCGGACAUACUCAUCGCAUCCGUGGGUUAUAUGUGGAAGGGGGAAAUGACGAAGAUAUUUAUGCUUUCAUCCGUCGUUUGGUGGAAGAUCACGCACCCCUCGAACUCUCUCAGUUAUCUCUACGCUACACGUGCUUGCAGAGUAUAGAGCGCAAGGCAGAGUCGACCACCUCUUUACCCGAAUCGCUCUACAGUUGCGAUUUCAAGAAACUAAUAAGUUCUCUUUCGGUCCUCCUACUUGAUCGGAUUCAGGUGCGAUGGGAUAACACCGUUUUUACGGACCGGCUUGUCGAGUUGGCUAUUUACAGGGUGAAACUAAAAGACUCUCCAUCUUCCAUGACUGAAUUUAUGUUAGCUAUAUCCUCCGCGACCGCACUCCGCGAUUUGAGAAUCAUGAGGAUGGAAGUUUGCGCUCAAUCGACUGAGGCUGCCAAUACGACAAUAUCUUCGAGAAUUGAUUUUCGCAAUCUAAGGACUCUUUUGCUUGAGGACUUAUCGUUCAAUGUACUGGAAUUAUUCCUCCUUAAAAUCGCACCCGGGACUUACCAUUCGACAUUGGUCCUGACUGACAAAGCAGUAACGUCUCUGACACAUUACUACACGUUUGCAUCGACAGGCAUAGACAAACUGGUCGCAUUACUAUCACACACUCAGACCGACACGUUAGUUCUAGACCGAGGUGACUCGGUGCUCGGUCCUUGGCUAGACGGGUCAGGACUUCGCAAGUUAUUGAAUUCACUGCCAACGUUGAAGGAACUUGCCAUUCAUGGUUGGCGGUUUGAUGAAACUUUCUGUCAUGACUUAUUCCGACCUUUAUCCUCGGAUACAGAAGACGGGACACACGGAUUCCCAACAGUCGAUACUUUAUAUCUAACAAACGUCAAUGUACUUGAUCUUGAAGGGUUCAAACGUAUUACAGCCAAGAUCUCGUCCCAAGCUGUAAUUCUUGGGGGGCGGAGUCGGGCAGGUGAACUAUCUAUGGAUGACUUGCUUUCGAACAAGGAGUUUAUAGAUUGGAUCAAGUGCAACGUUCCAGAGGUUCGCUUGGUCGCUUCAGGGUUUCUUCCUCCAGAUAUGAGACCCAAGGGUCGCUGA